AUGAAGUUCACUAUCCCUUUCAUCGUCGCAGUCCUUGCUGUUGGAGCUCCUGCAGCCCCAACCCCGGUAAAAGCCGUUGAGGACUACUUCAUCGGCGCUGACAAGCGUGGCAACGGUGUAGAAGACUACUUCAUCGGUGCGGACAAGCGCAACAAGGGCGUGGAAGACUACUUCAUUGGUGCCGACAAACGUGACAAGGGCGUCGAGGACUAUUUCAUUGGCGCCGACAAGCGUGACAAGGGCGUGGAGGACUAUUUCAUUGGCGCCGACAAACGUGACAAGGGCGUGGAAGACUACUUCAUCGGCGCUGAUAAGCGUGACAAGGGCGUUGAGGACUACUUUAUCGGUGCUGAAUAG